AUGUCAGUUUCAAACGAUGAAGAAACUCCUCGAGGAGACACCAGCGACAUGCCUUUGGAUCCCGUCGAGUUGGAGAAUCUACGCGUACGGCAACAAUGGGAGGAAUGUGCACGGGAUUCUAGAAGGGCGUCUCCCAAUUCCAAAUAUGAGCGAUACGAAAUCCCUGUAGAUCACAUGGAUGGAGACCGGGGAACCCAAAUCAAUCUAUUUUCCUUCAAACGUCCGCACAUGAGAGGCUUGCACUGCGCUUGGAUUUCCUUCUUUUUGUGUUUUACGAUUUGGUUCGCUCCAGCUCCCUUGUUGAAGGAGAUUGGAGAUACUUUGAAUUUGACAAAGGCAGAAUUAUGGACAUCUUCUAUAACGAACGAUUGUACUGCCAUUUUUACAAGGAUUCUCAUGGGACCCGUUUGCGAUAACUAUGGAGCACGAAUGCCCAUGGCCAUUGUGCUGGUAUUUUCCUCUAUACCGACUGCCAUGGUGGGACUGGUGAAUUCAGCAUCACAGCUGGCAUUGAUUCGUUUCUUUAUUGGAUUCGCUGGAAGUUCCUUUGUCAUGUCACAAUUCUGGCCCAGUAGAAUGUUUUCCAGGCAACUCGCUGGAACAGCCAAUGGAAUCGUCGGUGGAUGGGGAAAUCUAGGUGGUGCCUGGGCCCAAGUGUUUAUGGGUACCAUCUUGUUUCCAGCGUUUCGAGACUAUUAUGGGAGCAAAGAGAAAGCAUGGCGAACUAUUUGUAUCAUCCCAGCGGCCAUGGCUUUUGUUUGGGGAAUUAUAUUGCCUUUUAUCACGGAUGAUGCCCCUAUGGGAAAUUACAGCUACAUGAAGAAGAAAGGAACCAUGGAUCGUAUCUUCUUCACCACGAGUCUUCGAUCUGGAGCAACUCGCAACACUUGGAUUCUCUUUGUCCAAUAUGCCAGUUGUUUUGGAGUCGAAUUGGUGAUGAACAAUGCUUCUGUUCUUUACUACAACGCACGCUUUGGUUUGGAUACAGACCAGGCCGCAGCCAUUGGAUUUGCCUAUGGAUCGAUGAAUAUUUUUGCACGUGGGUUGGGUGGAUUGCUGAGUGACAAACUCAACACCAAGAUGGGAAUGAGAGGUCGACUUGCCUUGCAAACAUUUUUCUUGAUCAUGGAAGGUCUUUUGAUCGUCUUAUUCUCCUUUAUGCAAACUCUUCCAGCGGCCAUUACCACCAUGUGUUUGUUUUCCAUCUUUACACAAGCUGCGGAAGGUGCAAUUUAUGGUGUGGUUCCAUACAUUUCGAAACUAUACACUGGUGCUGUUGCAGGUUUUGUCGGUUCGGGCGGUAAUGUCGGCAGUGUUGUCUACGGUCUUUUCUUUCGAUCAUUUGAAUAUGAUGUUGCUUUCUUGGUGAUGGGAUCUAUUGUGAUUGCAUCCUCAUUUUUGACUAUGUUCAUUAACAUUCCUUGUCACGCUGGAUUGAUCUGGGGUGAAGAUAACCAUGCAGUAAUUCAAGCGCGGGAACGAUACCUUCGUCGACGAGAAAUGGCGAGACAACAAGAUGAGGGAGUAACCGCCAACACAGAUGGCAAUGGGGAAGAAAACACCAGCCCUGAUGAGAAUGAGGAUUAA